UCUAUUUGUGAAGAAGAAUUUCUGUGAGCUGGAGAUUUACUGCUCAAAAAUCUUUUAAUAUAUAUCUUCCUGUAGAGUCACCGUAAGAACAAAGAAUUUUAGAAAAUGUCAUCAUAGAAGAUUUGUGCUGAAGUCUGCAGAGCUGCUUAUUCAGUCUUUCACUUUACUGGAUUGUUGCUGAGGAGCAGUUUGGAAACUCAAUAGUAGACUGAUGAUUCCCAGCAAGUGAAGGAAAAUCUGACUGGAUCCAAAAGAGAGUUAAGAAAACAUAGCAACUGAAGACAAGAGCAGUGAUUCCCAUUGAUUUGGCAACCAAACAAGAAGAGACUUUUGAUUCAGGACAAAUGAGCAACAAUAACCCUGCACAGCCAAGUAGCAACUUGGCAAAUGAACAGACAAAUAAUGCCUCUGUGCAAAUGACAGGCUCUUUGGAAUAUGAACCACAGGGGAGUGAUUCCCAACAACCAAGUAGUGAUUUAGCUACUGGAGCUGGGAAGGAUUAUGAUGAUGAACUCAGCAACUAUUUUACUAAAGGAGAGAGGAGUGAUUCUCAACAGGAGAAGUUUUACGACCCUGAAGACAGCACACUAACAUUUGUUGAUGCAAUUGAUGAUAUGGAUUUUUUGUGUGAGGACUUCAAGUCUCUGAAAGCGCAGAUGUCCUGUGGUCACACUGUCACUCCCAUGUCUCUCACCAAAUGGUGUCGCCGUUUGUUGGACCAAGGUGCGAACAGGUUCGUGUGUGGCCAAACAGACUGUGAUGAUGAGUGGUCCUUUGAAGAGGUUUGUAAAAUGGCUCUUCUAACCCCUGAAGAAAUCGAGUACUUUGAAAAGAAAAUGUUCAGCAACGCAACAGAUGUUUUUAAUGUCAAAUCAUGUCCUGGGUGCAAGUCGUCUGUGCUGAGAACUGACUUCAGUGAUUUGUGUGUUGAAUGUAUAGUGUGCACAACUGAUCUGGGUCAGACCUUCAUGUUCUGCUGGCAGUGUUUGAGGGAAUGGAAAGGUCCGUCCCCACGUUCAGACCGAUGUGAAAAUGAUGGCUGUGUCAAUAACUCCUUAGAAAAACUCAGAACGUGUCCAGUCAUCACUUUCAAGCAAGUGGAGGGCAUUACUGGCUGUCCCUUAUUCCGUGCUUGUCCCACAUGUGGCUUCCUAGUGGAACAUAACACACAUGGGUGCAAAAAUGUCUUCUGUACCCGCUGUAAUGUGGAGUUCUGCUUUAGUUGCCUCAAAAUCACUAACGACUGUUUGGAGACAAGCAGCUAUUAUACGCCAUGUUCCAGUGGUGUGGCUCCUAGACAGACUUCUAUACCUGUGUGGAAGUGGGAUGAUGAUGAAAUUUAUCUGGAAUCUGGAUCUGAAUAAAGAUUCUCAACAUGUGCUUAAGUUUCUGCUCUUAAGUCACCACUGUAAUUUCUGUAAUUUCACUAUUUGUGUUACCACAAUCUAAACUAAUACUCCCUGCUUAUUGUUAUUAUUAUUGGGUAAAUGCCUUUGGCAGUCAACUUAUUGAGAUCCUAUUUCAUUCUUUAUGGUGAAGGAAUUUUUGCAAAAUUACUUAUAGUUUUCUCAAGGAUAUCAUUUGUUUCAGAGCUUAAAUCCUGUUUGCUGCUCUCUGUGUCUGUGCAGAGGAGUCACACACUCCAAUCUUACCUGUGGCAAUAUUAUUAUCAGCACACAGUUCAGGUGUAGUUUUAGGAUUCGUUAUACAGUUGAGCCACAAAUUACGUUUGUGCUGAUUAAUAAGGUGGAAGAAUUAUGUCAAUAUCCCACCUACUUUUGAUUUACACAACAUUUUGUAACACCAAAAAACAACGGUUUUCGCCUCUCAUCACGGUCUGAUUCUGACUGCUUAUUAGUAUGUUUUCCAGCCCCACCUCCCACUCCUGCCAGUAGCGUGAUGAGUAAAAAAAAUACCUAUUCAGCCUUAAAGCUGUGGGUUGGAUUCCACCUUAUUCAACUUUUUUUUUCAUUACAAAUUUAAACACUAUGAAAGGCAGUUGAUCUAUAGUAUUACAUCAUAUUUUAUAAGGAUGUUAUGUGUUUCUAUCAUUUCUACUUUCUUUGACCUAUUUAGCAAAAGUCAGCCUAUUAUCUAUUUUGUAUGAUUUAAAGCAUUUAUGAUAUAACACGAUUUUGUC